AUGUCCCAAAAUGUGCCGCAAAUUCAAAUUGUAAGUUUAUUUUUUUCUCAAAAACAACUUAAUAAAAAUUAAAUACAUUUUUAGACACCUUCUGGAGGAAUGUGUAAAUUAGAGAUUCCUGAAGAUUAUAAUGAUGAAGAAGACACAAAAUUGGCGCCAAAUUCAAAUUUAGGUUCAACUUCAAAUUUGAAAAAAAGUAUCUCAAUGACGAGUAUUCGGACAAAAUUUCGAGAAAAACGCAAAAAAUUUAGACGUAAGGAAUUCCUAUAAUUCCUGUAAAUAUUUUUCAAAUUUUCAGAGAAUCAGUGUGCUGGAAUUAUACUCUUCCUAAUUUUGGGCACAGUUUUCAAUAUUUUGGCAUAUUUUACGAGUGUUUGGUCGGCUCAAUUGAAUGCACAAUUGGUGAAAUCUGCAGUUGAAAAUGAGCACACUUUGAAGUUCAAGUUGAGGAAAAGUGAGUUAUCAUUGGGCAAGCAAGGAAUUUGAUUUUUGUAACAUUCGAAAAUGAGUGGAAUUAAGUGGAAUUCUAGAUUAAGUAUUGCUUUUUUUUACAACUUUCCCAAUCGAUAAUUCGUUUUUGAAUAAACAAGUCACGUAGCAACAUAUGUUUUUAUAAUUAUCAGUUCCAAAAAACCUAUAAUUUAUUCGAAGUUUUGUUUUCAAAGCUGUUCAAUUUUCGAUGAAAGAAUUUUUAAGGGAUUCAAAACUUUGAGAUAAAAUCUGGAGUAUUUUGAUAUUUCACAAAAGUUUUUCGCAGUUUCAAAAUGUUCGAAAUUUUGAACUCCGAAAAUAUGACCUUCAAAUUUCCCUUUAAAAAUUCCUACUAUUUUUCAGAGCUUACUGAAGAACCCUCCAAGUUCUUGAUCGGUCUUCUCAACUUUGGCGGUCGAGUUCUAAGUGCAGUCGGAACUGUAAUGUUGGUCCAAGUUAUUUCGGCCUACAUAAAACGUCGAAGAUAUAAUGUGAUUGUUAAAAGUGCUGCGGAAGAAGCUGACACAGUUUUGAGUGAUAUGCACGGUGGGAUCACUGAUACGGCUGGAGAGUGUUGUUUGGCAUGUUGUCAAUCGCUAAGCUGA